AUGCGCGGAAGUGUACUGUACAGUCGUUUCCCUACCUGCGUCCAUCAUGAACCGAGAAAAGGCAAGAGGAAUCAACCUUUGACGAGCACGUUACCGCAGGCUGGGAGACGAUAUCCGAACAUUCAGCUUUUUAUCGUGAAAGAAGACAAUAGCACCAAGCUCGAACUGGGCACCAAAACCAUGAAGGUACUUUUUACCUCUUCCAUCCGCAUUGACGCGGACCAACCUGCAGCAAUGAAUCCGUCAAGCACCAAUGUAUUCGCCGUUACCAAGGGUACCGUCAUAUUCAUCCGACGAACAUUCGUUGAUCGGUAUGGCGAUUUGCGAUCUAAAGACUUCAAUGGUCUGGACAUAAUUGAAGUGUACCCUUUCGACGACUUUGCCCAACUGCGGCAGGUCCGCUCCAAUUGUCAAAAGCCUCCACAUAUCUUCUUUCUCGAUAGUGCUCGUCUUUCACGAACGAUCUCCGAACUGGCCCAACGACGAUUGGACGUUUGCCGACCAAGGCACUGGUACUUCAAAGGAGUCCGAUGCAAAGAUCGCUUCAAGCUUAUUCCAGGCAGGUGCCACAUCCGUUUGGGACAACGGGGAGAACGGCUCUGGUGUGCUUGA